CGCAGGAUGCUGCAUUGUUAUCGCUUGUUUGUUUAAUACAGUAACGUGUAACAAUUACAAGAACUAAUGCAAAUGCAGUGUGUUUAUCACCACCCUGGGAGUGAAAUAGUUACAUUUCUGUGCCCUGGCUGGUUUUGUGAAUUGAAUGGGUUCUCAAUGGGGGCCACCAGGGGGCCGAGUGCCCCAAGGAAACCUGCUUUUGUUUUUCCAGGUGACUUGGAAUCAUGUGACCAGGUAUUUGGCAGUUGCUCUACCAGCAGCCAAUAAUCUUGCUGCUUGCUGCAAUGUGACCCAUGCAUCAUGGUUACCGUAACCACACGCUACAGACGCAGGAUAGUUAGCACUAUGCUGCCUUUCGGACUCUGCGUUUUACUUUCUUUCCCCGCCUUGUGUUUGUCGCAGGCUACGUCCAUCCGGUUUGUUCAGCCUGGGAAUUGUGCGGAAGACCAGUUCUAUAACGUCGCCACGUUUAGCUGUAACGCCUGUACGCCCGGUGCACGGAAAAGCUCGGAUGGUCUGACGUGUAACUGUACCAGCGGGCAUGCAGUGAGCGACCUCGGAUCCCCGCUAGUGACCUGCACCAGGUGCAUUAACGCGGUGGUGUCCUUUGACCAGAGGGCCUGUCUCACCUGUUCCGGUGGGAACUGCUCCUGUGGGGCCAACCAAGUGAGAGAUGAAAACUUUUCAGACAAGACGUACACGUGUGUAACAUGUAACGGCAGCACGGUGCCGAAUGCUAUCGGAGAUGAAUGUGUUCUAUGUCAGCAAACCUUCGUAGACAGCAGCUGUAACUGCCCCAAAACCAACCAGAGCGGGGGUCUGUGUUUCCCAACUACAAACCAGGACAUCUCUUCCACGUCGAUCUGGGAGUCGCUGUACCUGUAUUCCAGCUUCCAAGCUUGCAAGUCUUACAGCAACUUGACUGCUUGCCAGCUCCUCACUAACAUGGUCACACUAUACAACACCUUUACCUGGGACAGCACUGCAUUCAGCCUUUACAACAGCUUCACAAACAUGUUCUUGCCUCAGCUCUUCUACAGUACGAGCGCGUCUCUGGGGACCACGGCACCUAGCGGCCUGACCUUCUCCAAAAACUCGCAGAUCCAGUUUAAGGUUGUGAAGUUUGACGCUCGUGGGAAAUUCUUAGGCUGGGAAAAUGUAAAGGGAGGAACCUUACAGAUGUGCCCGAAUACGCAGAGCGCUUUGGACGCGGCUUUUCUAUUUGGGACAGUGUACAAUUUAUCAUGCACAGCGCAGGUAUCUGAACUCCUGCUAAAAGUACCGGAACCCGUGUUCUAUGAGCUCUUCCUAUCUUAUACCGAUCCCAGCGGAGCCAGCAUGCUGUGGCCUGUCCCCGUGUGGAACGCAGACCUUCAAGCCAGCCAGAACUCAUUGAGCUCCAGAGCUCUGAAACGCUUUUACCUGGUGGACGCUCUUUCGGGCAGACAGGGAAGUCUCUCCAACCAGCCAACUUAUAUCACGGUUGCAACGAGAAUUGAUCUCAGAGUAUAUCUGCCAACCAGCUCGCCGGGAAGCCAGCCCCCUUUCCAGCUGACGGUAAAAUAUGGGAGGACAUCCGAUCUGAGUGGGUCAAUGCAGGUCUCAUUUAAUGUGGCGUACACUCAAAGUCAAGGGACCUAUAAGAGAGAUACAGAUAUUGCUCUGGGUGUCUUCGGGUCACUAGCCACUCUCUAUGCCCUUCUAGAGACCAGCAGCUGGUUACGGAGAUCAGGACAACAGAAUAUUGGCCUGAUGGUGAUUAUUAAGUUUUUUGGCUUUGCAUCUGGAUCUCUGGCCAACGCUUUCUUCCUUAUUGCUUUUGGGACAGCAAUAUAUUGGCUAAUUGCAUUUAAGGGACAGAACUCUGCAGUCACCGUUACAUUACCUCCUGCUGGUGGACAAGUCGAGAUGGAUUUUAUCAUCUAUCUCUCGGUUGCUUUUGCGCUGAAGACGCUGGAAUUGAUUCACCUUCUGAUCACUCAACUAACUGUCACCAUAUUUCUGAUUGACUGGGAAAAGUCUAAGGACAAAUAUCCUCAAGGAAAGCCAAGCGUCAGUUUCUGGAGGACCAUUCUGGUGGCCAACGAGUGGAAUGAGAUCCAGGCUCAUCGGAAACUGAGUCCUCUCUUCCAGCUGUUUUGUGUGUUGCUGCUUCUAGAGGUUGUGGGCAUUAAGAACAUCACUGCCAAAGAUUUAAAUCUGGACCUGAGCCCCGCGUCCGGUACCUGCCUCGCUCCAUGGAGCAUUAUCCUCAGAUUUGGCAUGGCUGGCUCCAUAUGGCUGGCGGUGGGCAUUGUACAGAUUCUGUUCUUCAUUUGCAUCUAUGAAAGAUUUUUCGAAGACCCAAUUCGCCAGUUCACGGAUUUGUGCUCUCUCACCAAUGUCUCUGUCUUCAUACUGACGCAUAAGUGCUACGGUUAUUAUAUCCAUGGUCGUUCCGUCCACGGCCAGGCUGACGUGAGCAUGGAGACGAUGUUGUCCAAUCUGCAGAAGGAGGAGGAAAACUUGUGUCCAUUGAGAGGCCUAGAACCAAACUCUGAGCUCCAGACGUUUGAGGUUCUGCUGAGCGAGCGUGUACGCGAGCAAUAUGAGAAGAUAACCGAACCACUUUUAGAGGUUUCCAGACAACAAAAGGCAUCAAAGGAACAGAAUACACACUUACAGCAACGGAUUAAAACCUACUAUACCAUUAACCGCUUCCUCUCCUCCUUCUUGGAUCAUGUAUAUAAAGAAAUGGACUAUAUUGUGAAGAAUAAACUCUUUCUAGAAAACAUCAUAGACAUGGAGUUUCAACAGCCAAUCGACAAGUCUUUUUUCUAUAACGACAACCGAUCGCGGUUUAGCCAGACGCUGUUCUAUGGCAAUGAACUGACGUUACUCCUGUUUGACACGCUGCUCUUCUGCAUUGUUGAUUUGGGGACACAGAAUUUUGUACUGGCAACAAUAAUCACCUUCGUUGUGCAAAUGAUUGUGAAACUCUUGCGCCUUUAUAUUGGGAAGAAGAACCUGUCGUCGCAGACAAUGGUGGAGGAGAACUUUCUCAUCUAAAGCAACAGUACGUUGGAAACCGUUACCCAAGUAUUGGUCGGAAACCGA